ACCCCUUCCCCUUGGCCCUGCCUGCAGAGGCAGCUCUCCAAGGCGCAGGCCCGACCCCUGGCUGACCCUCGACAGCUCGGCCUCAACCUCUGGGAACGGGGCUGCCACGGGGUGCUGCUGGGGCACCUGCGGGCGCUGGCCGGCACCCUGGGCACCCUGCUGGGCGUGACCUUCUGCCUGCAGAUGCUGCUGCUCCUGGGACUCCGGUACCUGCAGACGGCUUUGGAGGGCCUGGGGGGGGCCAUCGACGGGGAAGGAGAGGCACAGGGCUACCUGUUCCCCGGGGGGCUCAAAGAGAUGCUAAAGAGCAUUUCCCAGCAGGGUCUGUGCGCCCAGAGGCCCGGGCCCGAGGAGGCCCCGGCCGAGGCGGCCCCGGACGAGGAGGCCCCGGCCCAGGAGGCUGCUGCAGAAGCCUGAUCCCACCCCCAGCCCCAAGGAGGGCAGCACCGCAGAAGGCUGCGAAGAAGGGGCAUCAGCAGUGCCCCAGGAGGGAAGGAAGGGAACUAGAUUAGGGGCCACAGCCAGAAGACGUUAGCUAGGAUAGAUCCAGGAUCCUGCCAGCCCCACAUGGGCGGCCACAAGGAGGUGCCCGUUGCCCAGCAGAUGGCAAAAUUCUCCACAUGCACAAAAUCAAUAAAGCCAGCCUCCGGCCACACUCCUUCCUUUGUGUGGGGAAGGGGAGGGGGCCGCUUCUCGGCUUGGGUCUAUUCCUGGCUCAGGAGGGGUUC